AUGAGUGCGCUGUUUUUCUCCGACUCGCUGCCCGGUCCGGUGUGCAGCGUCCCCCCCACCGGGUCGGGCGCGGUGACCAGCGCCCUGCGAAACGACCUGGGCUCCAACAUCCACGUGCUGAAGACCCUCAACCUGCGGUUCCGCUGCUUCCUCGCCAAAGUCCACGAGCUGGAAAGGAGAAACAAACUCCUGGAGAGCCAGCUGCAGCAAGCUCUGCUGAGACCGCAAUACCGCCCCCCGUUCACCCGGGAGGUGGCCGUGCAGACGGACGGCCCCGAGUCCAGACUGCCGGGCACCAUCUGGAGCUUCACCCACGUCCGGAGGCAGGGGGAGCGCUUCGAGACCCUCCGCGGACCCGGGGUGACGUGGACGCAUCCGGACGGAGUCGGGGUCCAAAUUGACACCAUCACCCCAGAACUGAGGGCCCUGUACAACGUGCUGGCUAAAGUCAAGCGAGAGAGGGAUGAGUACAAGAGGAAAUGGGAGGAGGAGCUGUCCAAACGGGAGCAGCUGGAGUCCAUGAUGGAGUCCCUCCACAAGAGCGCUCGGGAAUCAUCAGAGAUCCAGGAUGAGCUGAACGAGAAGGUGGACAGACUGAAGGCUGAAGUCGUGGUCUUUAAGAGCCUAAUGAGUGACCAAAUGUCCGACCUGGACUCAAAGAUCCAGGAGAAAGCCAGACGAGUGGACAUGGACAUCUGCAGGCGGAUCGACAUCACGGCCAAGCUGUGCGACGUGGCUCAGCAACGCAACUCAGAGGACAUGUCUAAAAUGUUCAACGUCAGCCCGGCCAGGUCUCUCCCAGAGAAGGGCUCCGCGGCGUGCUGCAGGAGAAAAGAGCGCAAAGCCGUGUCUGACGAGGAGAACUCGGAGAUGGAUGCCGAGCCGAGCACUUCGGAGGAGGAGGCUCCUGGGUCCCUGAACAUAACGGAUGAGAUGAAGCGCAUGCUCAACCAGCUACAUUGUUCAGAUAACUCCUUUGUCACCAGGCGGGAAACAUUUGAAAUCGAUGACGACUGCGACAGCCUGACUUGGGAGGAAAACGAAGAGACCCUGUUGCUGUGGGAAGACUUCACAAACUACAACGUGCCGAGCACAGUCACCACGGCGACCUGCGCAACUGCAGGUUCUUGCGAAGGCAGCGCUGAAGCCCCCGAUCCAGAUUCCCAAGAUGGAAGUCUUGGCAGUCUCAUUGAUGAGACAGAGUCCCUAUUUAAGACCAGAGAGCAAGAGUACCAGGAGACCAUCGGCCAGAUCGAGAUGGAACUGGCCACGGCAAAGAGCGACAUGAAUCGACAUCUGCACGAGUACAUGGAGAUGUGCAGCAUGAAGAGAGGCCUGGACGUGCAGAUGGAGACCUGUCGGCGGAUGAUUAAAGGUGGCAGGAACUCUCCGUCUUUCAGCUCUGUGGCUAGCAGCGACUCAGGGAACACAGACGAGAUCCAGGAUGAGAUCUCCGACAAGGACGCAGAAGCUGAAGUCCCCGUCAGUUGAUAGCUGUUCAGCCGGGGGCCGUCCUGUCUGCUCCUUUUAACCAUAGGGGUUAAAAUGCAUAAAGAACUCCACCUGAAUGAAGGUGGAGGAACCUAAAUCUGGGCCUGUUAGACUGAGGGAAGUUCUGGCAGAGGCCCAGAACUGGUGCUUUUAUACUAUUUCUGUUUAAGGGUUUAAGAAAGUGGUGGUGGGGGUUUCUUUGCUUCAAAAAGAGAAAAGAGGGAAUACAGAAACCAGGCUGUGCUCUCCUCCUCACUGCUGCCUUGCUGGAUCUUUGUCCAGGUCUUCAUGUCAUUGUCCUGAGGAGGAGAAAGAAAAUUUCUGUUAACUGGCUGAUGAAUAUUUUCUACCCUGUUAUGGUCCUUUUUUUCUAAAGGAAUUGAAAACAGUACAUAUUGUACUCUUCUAAAUACCUUAAUGAAAUAUCCAUCUUUUAAAUUGAAUCAUUUUUAUUUAAGAUAUUACAACAUCUUCCCUUAAUUGGCAUACUGACUUGUCUAAGUUGGGUCUUUACAGUCCAAACUAAACCGAUAUGGUUUAAGUGUCUUCUGCCAGUAAGACAAAAAGUGGAAACAAAUAGCGUUGGAGUUCUGGUGGUUUCUGAGGGAACUCUGCUGGCUUGCCAAAGUUGACAGAGGAAAGGAGCACAGCCUUUUUAAUGCAUCAGUGCACUACUGAAGUUCUAUGCAAUUCAGACGGCCAUAUUUCUUAGGACUGGCUGUCCCUUCUCAUUCUUUUUCAUUAGCCUUCCAAGUAAAGGUGUCCUUUUGUUUUGUUUUCUUAAUAUGUUUAAUAACUAGUCUUCACGUGUUCACUGAAACAACACCCCCUAAUAAUGACAAAGUAUGUAUAAAUUGAAUCAAAUAGUACUUUAAGGCAGUGACACUGAGGUAGACACUGCAUUACUCAUCAGGCAUUCUGGAAAAUCACUCUUUUACAAUUUAUUUUGCACAUAAUCUUGCAUCACUUCCCAAAAGAUGAAUUAACUGAAUGAUAAGAUAUAAAUCAAAUCAAAGGAAUUCCCAUAAACCUUUUACGCAAAAACCAAAGGGAUACAUUUUUUAAAGCUUCUGCAUCACCUUAACGUUACUUAUGAUCAUUUUUAUUUUUUUAACGUAAUGACUUUCUUUCUGAUGACUGGUUUCAGUAUGAGCGUCUGUACCUCUGAUUGUAGACUUUUUCCUGCUGUCCUGCAGGGGAACUCUGUUCCGAACAGGUUGCACUUCCUGCUUUGUUUCUUCUGAAUGGGGCUAGAAAACAUCAGACUGUACAUACAGGGCUGUAGGCAUGUGAUCGUGUAUACCCCAGAGGCCUUUUGAGUUUGUAUUUGUAUGUUUUGCGACAAACUGAGACGUCUCACAGUGUUGUUUGGCACAGAAACCGAUCGACGCAUGGUGGUGAUCUUUUUAAAGACGUCUUUGUAUUAUAAUGUAAGUACGGUUUGCUGGAUCAAAGAACAAGUGCUACUUCAAUCUUGAAGUUUUUCUGAGGCAGAAUACUGGCCUAAUGUUUAAGCAUGCUAGUGUGGAGGAAAGAAGCUAUGAGUUGUUUUUUUUAAAUAUAUAUGUAUAUAUAUACAAGGUUAUAUUUUGAACUAAAAAGCUGCAAUACAGACUGUGUGAUAUGCUUUUUAAUCAAAACAGUGUCUAUUCUAAUCAUUACAUAACUGAAAGCAUAUUUUUCACAGUUUCUAGUCAGUCUGUAAGCCAAAAACUGUGUCGCCACGCUCAGCUUUUAUCAAUCCUGUGGGAGCAUUUGAUUUGUUCCAAAAGGUGUAGCAAUUUAUGGACUCUAACAGAUCACCCGCCAUGAGAAAAUGAACUGCUGACAUCAAACCAGAGUGAGGAGCUGCCUCGCUCGAAGUGGACAGGAGAUAUUUUUUUAUCUGUGUUGACAUAAAACCAGCUUGAUAAGAAACAAAGAGCCAUUCUUUUAUUGGUACUGUACUUCACAUUACACACAAGUUAAUGACUGUAUGGCUGUAGCAUCCAUGAGCAGCGGGGUGCAGCUCUGACCAUCACACUUACCAGCCGACCAAAGCAUCCAUGUGCAGUAAGGGGACAAAGAUGUAAAUCAAGCUAUGAAUCCUAUUAACUUUUGAGUUUUUCUUUCUUGGCCUCAGUGUACAUGCCUACCACACAGGUGUUAAGUUUGCAGACUUCUAUAUGAUUUGGAAAAAUGUUAUCGUUUUCCAUACAGACUAGCUUGAAAAGUCAAAUGUAUUAUCUCCACUCUCCUAUCACUUGAAGCGGCUUCGGCUUAUAUCGGUUGAAAAUGUCGUAGCUCUGUUCAGUGCAGCUUGAUCGGAGGCUUCCUCUGAACUUGCCACUGUUUAAAACCCAGGGAUACAUGGUGUUCUGUUAACUAUUUGAAACCUUGGUAUGUUUUGCUUUCCUGAAGACUUUCUCAUCCUGACCACCUUAGAGCGUGUGAUUGGCAUGUAUGUGAACUAGGUCCUGGUGGAUGUGAAUGUUUCACAGUCAGGUUUUAUAUGAGCGGUUUUUAUGUGUGAAGUGUUGGGAUUACACGGUUGUGGUACCUGCUGUGUCAUUUACAGUUUUACAUGUUCACCUGCAUACAUGUCAAGUGUUGACAUCAGUGUCACCUUUACUUUCAAAAACAUAUGAUGGGAUAUGAAAGUCUCAGCAAUAUUUGGGGGACAGCUACCCAUCUGUGUUAGAUAUUGGUCUCUGACUGAUUUGUCCCUACAGGUAGCAUCAGGUUCAUCUUACCGGCUGAUUUAUUUAUAUGCAUUUAAGUCUUUUACUUUGUUAGAUUUGUAAGUUUUUGGUUAAUCAUGUUCAUACAAUGUACUCAUGUGGGUGUCGGGCAGACAUAGUUUUAAAGAUCUGAAUGUACUCAGUUGAUAUUGGGGUAAAAUGAAAUAAAGUGGUGGAUUGAUUAAAAAAAUUCUA